UAAUUUAUACGCUAAUUUGAGGGGUGUACGUAAUACAUUUUCUAUUUCAUACUGGGACCAACUACUAGUUUUAUGCCUAUGUGAAUUGCUAGUUUUUAUCUUUCCUUAUCCUGUCUUUUUUCUUGUCUUAUAAUUUCUUAUUCCAUCUGUUCACCUCUAUAUCUAGCGUUUUUGCUUGGGAUUUAUGUCUCAAUAUAAUUUUCUGCUAUUUGUUAUAAGUUACUUGUUUCAUCACUGUAGGACAACUGGUAAACAAUAUUAUGCAUUCACAUAAUUAUUUCUUUCAUAACAUGAAAAAGAUCAGUUUGUACUUGGAUGAAAGCAAGCCAUGUAUUUCCCUUCUCAUAUUCAUGCAAUUAGAAAUUCACUUUUGUUGUGUAUGUUUGAAUACAUCUUCUGAUAUCAUAAUGCCGAAAUUAAUAUUGUUGUGUAUGUUAAUUUACAUUAUUAUUUAAAUUAAAUAUCAUCAUGCCAAUAUCUGAUGAGGAUCUAUGCUAUACGAAUGCUGCAUUUUGUUAUCUAACUCGAAACUUCCAUACUCGCAUUUGCAAAGAUCUGUUGCUGUACUGGUUUGAUGGCAUAUGGAUGAGCUUUGACAGAAUCCUUAAUUCUGCAAAUGUUGAUCGGGCCUACGAUGGUUUGUUGUGGACUCUGCGGAGUUUGCAGGAACUUUCGUCUGCUCUGUUGCUUCCAAAUUCAAUGAUGAAGAUAUCGUCAAUGCCACCUUCCACUUUGAAUGAGUUCAUGAAUGGUUGGAAAGUAAUAUGGAGUACUAUUGUGCAUGGGUUGCCGAUUUUCAGCAAUAUAGCCACUCUUACUGAUCUGCCGGAUAUUUUACAUCUUAGAAAGAACCUUUUGAAGGCAGUUUUGAAUCAUCUUGAUUGGAAGGGUUAUUCAAAAUUGACUGAGCGGAUGGGUUUGUAUCUGCCAAGUGCUAUGUUUGCACUUUGUGUAGGUUUUCUUACGUUCACUGAAUUCUUUAAAGAAAUUGGUCUAGUUCACAUCUCUUUCGAUGUUAUUGAAUCUCUUGAUAAUAUGUAGGUUGAAGACCCUAAACAUCAAUGCUUGCAACAAUUUUUGGAUUGCUCCGUAGAAGUUCUCACAGAAAUUCACAAAGUU